GGAGGCGCAGGCCUGUCCCGGGUCCCCGCAGGUCAGUGCGAAGGUCUGCGCGCCUGUGGGUCCCAGCACUCUGCGGGGCCUGAAAAGGAGGAGCGACCUGUCCAGAAUCCCUGCAGGACAAGAGAAGGAGGUGAAAUCUCAACAUGGAAAAACCCUGCGAUAUAAAUGAAGGAAUGCCUUUGAAAGAAAGAAAGAUGGAUAAGGAAGAACAGCCAGAGGAUGAGGGAAAGCCAGAAGUACUUUGUACUCUGAAUGACAAGAACUUGCAAAAUGAGGGAAAGCCUGAAAAUGAGGAAAUACUAAAGUACAAGGAAAAGCCAGAAAGUAAGGGAAAGGCAAAAGACGAAGCAAAGCCAGAGCCUGAGGGAAAUCUAGACAGUAAGGAGAAGACAGACAGUGAGGGAAAGACAGACAGUGAGGGAAAGACAGACAGUGAGGGAAAGCCAGAAAGUGAAGGAAAGUCAAAGAGCGAGGGAAAGCCAGAGAGUGAAACAAGAGCUGCUGUGAAGCGUCCAGCUGAGGAUGAUGUACCCAGGAAAGCCAAAAGAAAAACCAACAAGGGGCUGGCUCAGUACCUCAAGGAGUAUAAAGAGGCUGUACAUGAUAUGAAUUUCAGCAAUGAGGACAUGAUAAGAGAAUUUGACAAUAUGGCUAGGGUGGAAGAUAAAUCGAGAAAAAGCAGACAGAAGUUGGGGGGGUUUUUGUGGAUGCAAAGAAAUUUACAGGACCCCUUUUACCCGAGGGGGCCAAGGGAAUUCAGGGGUGGCUGCAGGGCCCCAAGAAGGGACACUGAAGACAUUCCUUAUGUGUAGUGGCCCUAGCAGGCAUUUGCCAGGCCCUGUGCUUUAAUCUUAUCCUAUAUAUUGCUUUAGGUGUCCUUCCUGUUACCAGCAGCCUUUUGACCCAGUUGGGGCACUUGCUGUAUGUUUCAAUAACUAAUUUUCACCCAUACGCAUUGUAAAGACAUUAUGAUUCUUGAAAAAAUAAAG